AUGCAGACGGCACUCCUUGACCAUUGGAAGUCAUUGCCACUCGAUAAGUAUGAUGGUUCCACCGACCUCGACGAACAUGUCGACAUCUUCUUGACUCAGGUCACCCUCAGUACUACCGACGAUGCUGCCUUGUGCCGAAUCUUCCCAACUUCGUUAAAGGGUCGGGCAUUGAGCUGGUUCACACGACUUCCAGCCAACUCAGUCGACUCCUUCAAUACAUUAGCAUCUCAAUUCACCAUUCAGUUCGCUACUAGCAGGCCUCAUCAGUUGACCUCGCUCUCAUUAGUAAGCAUAAGACAAGAAAAGAAGGAAUCCCUUCGGACCUUCAUGAGCCGAUUUAAUAAAGCGGCCUUGGAGAUCCGAGACCUUAACCCUACUGUAGCUUUGCACCACCUUACCACCGCCUUGAAACCGGGACCUUUCGCCAACAGCGUCUGUAAGAAACCCCCAACUGAUAUGGAUGAUUUGCGUCGGCGCGCCGACAAAUACAUGCAAAUGGAGGAAUUAGCUGAGUUCCAUAAUCAAGCACAGGCAGAGAUUGCCGCCAAAGCCGAUAAGCCAGCCGAGAGCAAUUAUCGGAGCCGUCCUAAAGAAAUUCCCCGCGAAAAACCAACACGAGGACCAAGGUAUUCUCAUUACACCCCAUUGAACACCAGUCGAUCUGCUGUCCUAGAUCAGGCACUCGCUUCAGAGGUUUUGGCAGUACCAAAACGAGCGUCAACCCCUCCACGCGCCGACAUAACCAAGUCCUGCAAAUAUCACCGAAACCGAGGUCACUCAACUGAGGAUUGUGCGGCUCUUAAAGAUAAAAUCCAGGAGUUAAUCAAGCAAGGGCAGCUUCACCGUUUUGUCGAUCGGCCCCGCUCUCCCAGACGCGAUGAUCACCGGCAUCGUGGGGAACAACAUGGCCGAGAGAGAUCCGAUAGGCACCCUCAUAGGGAACGAAGCCGGUCGAGAGACCGAAGAGAAGCCGAGCCCACAACCCAACCCUGA